CGCAGUUCAGGUUUCCCUUGUCGUUCAUUGUCCCUGCGACUUAACAAUCAAUCGAUUCUACUCUGCAUCGCUUCAUUGCCAUCUGUCUACCUGCCGGACAUCCUUACUUCUCAACUCAACUUUCCGUCCUCUCAAAGGUUUCCACUGCUCCUGCCCUGCACCCCUCCAUCGCGCCGGGAAAUCCCUCAGCCUGCCUAAGCCUGUGUUGUUUCACCACACCAACGCCUUGACCUCAACGCCGAUAACAUUCCCUUUGUCAAUCCUCAAUUCCAUCCAGCUCACUCGUCUCCAUACUCGCCCAUACUCUUCCCCGAUAUUUUCGUCCCUGGGCCAAUCUUGGGCUGCUCAAAAGGUCUCUUUUUUACAUUUGGGGUACGUGUUUGACCCUGACACGCCAUCCCUCCCGUCUUGCGUCAGCUCCACCUGCACCGUCCAAAUUUUUAUCCAGAGUGAUCCUAAACCUCUUCUACCAGUCAAUCAUCGCUGCUACAAUCACUAGACAACAUCGAACUUUCGUUCUCCAGUCCGCCCGACCGCAUCUGGUCGGUGCCUACCUCCUCCCUCGUGCCCCACGCACGGCACUCCCACCAUGGCCGAGAACGAGGUGGACCUAGAUAACGUUAUCGAUCGACUUCUCGAAGUCCGAGGAAGCAGACCAGGGAAACAAGUACAGCUCCUUGAGAACGAAAUUCGUUUUUUGUGCACAAAGGCACGCGAAAUCUUCAUCUCCCAGCCGAUAUUGCUUGAGCUGGAGGCUCCUAUCAAGAUCUGCGGUGAUAUUCACGGCCAAUACUACGAUCUCCUUCGAUUGUUCGAAUAUGGCGGCUUCCCUCCUGAGGCCAAUUACCUUUUCCUCGGCGACUACGUCGACCGAGGCAAGCAGUCCCUCGAGACCAUCUGUCUGCUUCUAGCCUACAAGAUCAAAUAUCCCGAGAAUUUCUUCAUUCUUCGAGGAAACCACGAGUGUGCCUCCAUCAACAGGAUCUACGGCUUCUACGACGAGUGCAAGCGCCGAUACAACAUCAAGCUAUGGAAGACAUUUACUGAUUGCUUCAAUUGCUUACCUAUCGCUGCCAUCAUUGAUGAAAAGAUCUUCACCAUGCACGGCGGUCUGAGUCCCGAUCUGAACUCGAUGGAACAGAUCCGUCGUGUGAUGCGUCCCACGGAUAUCCCCGAUUGUGGCCUCCUCUGCGAUCUCUUGUGGUCGGAUCCGGACAAGGACAUCACCGGUUGGAGCGAGAAUGACCGCGGUGUUUCAUUCACCUUUGGCCCAGACGUUGUCUCGAGGUUCCUGCAAAAACAUGACAUGGACUUGAUCUGUCGUGCACAUCAAGUGGUUGAGGACGGCUACGAAUUCUUCUCCAAGCGACAACUGGUCACCUUGUUCAGCGCGCCAAAUUACUGUGGCGAGUUCGACAAUGCAGGAGCCAUGAUGAGUGUCGACGAAAGUCUUCUAUGCUCUUUCCAGAUCCUCAAACCCGCCGAGAAGAAACAAAAGUACGUGUAUGGCUCCAAGAGCAAUAGCAAACCUGCUACUCCGUCGCGCAAAUCCAAAUAGUGAAGCUAUACCCCGGCUAGGGCUGAUUCAAAGUUGUGACAACAGAUUUGGAAGGAGAUAGGGCUCCGCGCUAGCUUCCUCGUCGAAAUGAUAUUGCGAUCGAUCAAUAUGCUUAUACUCCAGUGUCGAUCAUUGACUACCGAUCAUCUCGAUUCGCCACCUGCGCCUUCGCAUUGUAUUCAUUUUGCUGUGUCUUUGCAACGCUUCAACUAAUACUACCUCAUCACUACGUGGACGACUUUCUUCCACGGAGCAAGACUCUUCUUGGCUGAUGAUUUUCAACACCAGCCUCUCACCCACGUCUGCUCUGACUAAGUCUCAUGUACGACCCCAGGAAGGACCCGUUCCCGGCGAGACAGGUAGCACUCCUUUCUCAAUUGCAAAAUGAUCGAUUCGGACGGUGUCGCGUUGGGAGGUCGGACUGCCGCCAGGAAGAUGGCAAUAUCUUUGAAUGCGAUAAACUAGUUCGAGUUGACUAAACUGCCUUUAUGCUGUGUUAUUGUGUCAGGAGAGAGAGCAAACGAGGCCAGGUGCAAUGAUUGAGGCUCCACUUCUCUCCUGUGACAUGCAAAUGAUGGUUUCAAUGCUUGAUGGACGAUAUGCGAUGAGAAGACAAGGAUGGAUACCGGGCGGCACCGAAGCCGGGGGCCACGAAACUACUCACACUUGUCAAGAUUAGUAGAAUGAAGUCAUGCUUGAGAUGAUGAUGUACAUGUCUUGCUUCCAGAUCUCGCUUCAAGUAUCCAUGAACAGUAUACUAUUGGCUUGUCGAUAAAAGAUGAUGGAGCGAUCCCCGUACGAAACAUCCCUUGUG